UACUUUUCCUAAUCUAUAUGAACCUGAAAGAAAAAGGGUAAAAUGUUAUAAUAACUUGGAAGAGAAGAACAAGAGAGAGAAAGAGAAUGCAACUGCUUUGUGUUUGUGAGUGUGGCCACUCUACAGACAAUAACACCAACCAAAAUAAUUUGUUUCUGUAAAUUCUCUCCUUCUUCAAUCUUCAAUUUCUACUACCUUUGCUAAACUUUUUUGAUUUUUCUCUGUCUCUCUGAUCCAAAACAAGAAAGAGAAAAGAAAAGAAAAGAAAGUGAAGGAAAAAGAAACAGCCACAUUACAUUAUCUUACACAAUGUCAGUAUUUUUAGCAUUAUAACAAAGAAUCCAUAAACCCAAUUCAACAAAAACUCAUAUUUUCACUCCUUUUUUUUUUUAUUAUUUCUGACUUCUAUUCUAUAUUAUCAUCAAGAACAAGAAAAUGUCUUCAAAGACCAAAUCUGGUUUGUCUGAAACUCCCAGCAAAGCAGCACCAGCAACUCCUAAAGUGAGUAAAGUGAGUAGGGGAAUCAGCAAGGCAGAGCAUGAUUCACCUGCUUCUCUGCAUAGUACACGCCUUUCAGUUGAACGUUCCCCACGAUCUGUUACUUCAAAGCCUACCAUUGAUCGCCGGUCUCCGAAGGUCACUCCGCCACCUGAAAAACCACAGACAAGAUUGGCAAAGGGAUCAGAAUUACAGGCUCAAUUAAGUCAAGUUCAGGAAGAUCUAAAGAAAGCAAAGGAGCAAAUAGGUUUGAUUGAGAAAGAGAAAGCACAAGCAAUUGAUGAACUGAAACAAGCACAAAAGGCUGCAGAAGAGGCAAAUGAGAAGCUUCAAGAAGCUUUGGUGGCUCAAAAGAGAGCUGAAGAGGAUUCUGAGAUCGAGAAAUUCCGGGCUGUUGAGUUGGAACAAGCUGGGAUUGAGGCUGCCAAAAAGAAGGAAGAUGAAUGGCAGAAAGAGCUCGAGUCUGUGAGAAACCAACACGCUUUAGAUGUGGCUGCUCUUCUUUCUGCCACUCAGGAGCUCCAAAGGGUGAAGCAAGAACUGGCCAUGACAACUGAUGCUAAGAACCAAGCACUGAGCCAUGCUGAUGAUGCAACUAAGAUUGCCGAGAUUCAUGCAGAUAAGGUGGAGAUUCUCUCAGCUGAAUUAACCCGGUUGAAGGCCCUACUUGAUUCAAAACAUGAAAUGGAGGCCAAUGAAAGUAACAAGAUUGUUAUGCAGCUUAAGGAGGAGAUAGAGACUUUGAAGCAAGAACUCAAGAGAGCAAAGGGUGUUGAGAAUGAGUUGAUUGAAAAAGAGGCUUCCAUAGAACAGCUAAAUGUUGAGUUAGAAGCUGCUAAGAUGGCGGAAUCUUAUGCACGUAAUUUAGUAGCAGAGUGGAAAUGUAGGAUAGAGGAAUUAGAAAUGCAGGUUGAAGAAGCAAACAAGUUGGAGAGAUCUGCAUCUGAAUCUCUGUGUUCUGUCAUGAAACAACUUGAGGGAAACAAUGAUCUAUUGCAUGAUGCAGAAAGUGAAAUUUCCGCCCUUAAAGAGAAGCUUGGGUUGUUGGAAAUGACAAUCACGAGACAGAAAGGGGAUCUUGAAGAAUCAGAGUGCUGUCUUAGUGCAGCAAAGGAAGAAACUUCAGAAAUGGCAAAAAAGGUUGAGUCUUUGAAGUCUGAAUUGGAUAUAGUUAAGGAGGAGAAAGCUCAGGCUUUAAACAAUGAGAAGCUUGCGGCUUCUAGCGUCCAAAGUCUAUUAGAAGAGAAAAACAAACUCAUAAAUGAGUUGGAGAACUCCAGGGAGGAGGAGGAAAAGAGCAAGAAGGCAAUGGAAAGCUUAGCUUCAGCCUUACACGAAGUGUCUGCAGAAGCAAGAGAAGCUAAAGAACAGCUGUUAUCCACUCAAGUAGAGCAUGAAAAUUAUGAAACCCAGGUAGAAAAUCUGAGAUUGGUUUUGAAGGAAGCAAAUGAGAGAUAUGAAACCAUACUAGACGAUGCAAAACAUGAGAUUGAGGUUCUUAAAAAUGACAUUGAAGAUUCCAAAAAUGAAUUUCAGAACUCCAAAGAUGAGUGGGAGCAAAAAGAACAAAAUCUGAUAGAUUGUGUAAAGCAAUCAGAAGAAAAAAAUUCUUCUUUGGAAAGAGAAAUAGAUAGGCUGGUGAAUUUGCUCAAGCACACUGAGGAAGAAGCUUGUGCUUCCAGGGAGGAAGAAGCUCUGUUGAAAGAUAGCCUAAAGGAAGUUGAAGCUGAGGUGAUUUCAUUGCAAGAGGGUCUUGGGGAAUCACGGGUUGAGAGCAUGAAACUAAAAGACAGUUUAUUGGACAAGGAAAAUGAGUUGCAGAAUCUUAUCCAAGAAAAUGAGGAGCUCCGAACUAGGGAAGCCAUUUCUCUGAAGAAGGUGGAGGAUUUGUCUAAAUUGCUUGAAGAAGCUAUAGCCAAGAAGCAAACUGAGGAGAAUGGUGAGCUCACUGAUAGUGAAAAAGAAUAUGAUUUGCUUCCGAAGGUGGUUGAAUUCUCUGAAGAAAAUGGGCAUGUUAGAGAAGAGAAGCCCAAGGUGGAGCUUCCGCAACAGCAACACGAGGAUGUCGGAAAAGAAAAUCCAAAGGAACAAAACAAUGGCUUCAAUAAUGACACUGCCCCAAUAGAAGCUGCCAAAGUUGAGAAUGGAAAUGGAAAACCAAAAGAAGAUGAGACCAAAGAAAAAGAAGAUGAAUCUGUAGAAGAAUUUAAGAUGUGGGAAAGCUGCAAGAUUGAAAAGAAAGAAUUUUCACCAGAAAGAGAGCAUGAACAUGAAUCCUUUGAGGACGAAGUGGACUCCAAGGCAGAGGGCGGUGAGAGCUUUGAUCAGGUAAAUGGUUUAUCUUCCGUGGAAAAUGUGGACGAUGGUGCGACCUCACCUUCAAAGCAGCAACAACAGAAGAAGAAGAAGCCUUUGCUCCGCAAAUUUGGAAGCCUACUGAAGAAGAAGAGUACUAGCAACCAGAAGUAGAGAUAAGACCAGUUAUGGCCUGACUUACGUCCAAUUAACAGGCAGGCAGGAACCUCAACGAAAUUACCCAGUAUUGUUUGUUUGCAGCAUGCAAGUGUUGGCUUAUGGGAGGGUGCUUGUCUGUAUUUUUCCUGUGUUAGUAUCUUAGUACAUCUUGUAUGAUAUUCCGAGUUUUUUAAGCUUAAAAGAUUUUACUGUUAAUUAAAGAAUAAUUUUUCAUUUUUGAAGUGAGGUUUUAUUACAAGAAAAAAGGACCUAAAGCUACAACAAAAAA